AUGGAUUUGACACCAGAAAACUUAUUGCAGGCGCUGGAAGCUGCCGGAGAUCAGAGUGUGGGGGGGCCACGAGAUUCGGGGCAGCAACAGCUCAAGCUGUGGGAGCAGGUUCCGGGGUUCUUCUCUCUGCUCCAAGACGCCUAUCUCGAUCAAUCUCUGCCUAUUCAGGUGCGAUGGAUCGCAGUGAUUUACUUCAAAAACGAGAGCGAGCGCCACUGGCGCAAGUCGGCGCCGUACGCAGUGUCCGAGCAGGAAAAAACCGCCAUUCGAUCCAAGGUGUUUGGGUGCAUUGAUGAGUCGAAUCGCCAACUGAUGAUCCACAAUGCAUAUGCCAUUGCGCGGCUGGCGCGAAUGGACGUGCCUGGCGACUGGCCUGAUCUCAUGGACCAGCUGCUGCAACUGCUGCGCCAGGGCGUGGAGUCGCAAAACUACACAAAACAACACAAUGUGCUGACGGUGCUCAACCAGGUGAUCAAGGCCUUCUCCAUCUCGCGGUUCGGCCGUGUGCGCCAGGCACUGCUGGAGUCAUCGCCGGCCAUCCUGACACUUGUCACGGACCUCUACGCCAACUACUCCGAGGCCUGGAUGGGCGACGUGGAAAACAACACCGCCAAGAUGGAAAUCACGCAUCUGUGUCUCAAGCUGGCACGGCGGCUCAUUGCCGAGGGACACGACCGGGCCAACCGGUCCGAGGACUGCCGACGAUUCUUCCAGAUCACCGUUGUGCAGCUUCCCGAGUUUCUCACAAUGUACUCGGACCGUUUCUCCGGCAACGCGCUACUGGAGAAACACGUGCGGGGAGUCGGCAAGCUCUACCACACCAUGCGGGAGCGGCAGUCAGUGUCGUUUGUGCUCAUGCCCGACUCGCUCAAGGUCGCAGAGCUGUACCUGCAGCUGAUUGAGAGCAAGAAGGAGCUGUUCCACCAGGACGACGACGCCGCUGAAGAAGCCGCUGAGGACUGGACCAAGGUUGUGGUCCAGGGAAUGCUGCUCAUCAAGCAUCUCAUUGGCGUGCUCUACCGAAACGGCGCUUCCAACUUGCUCACAUACAAGACCGACGAGGACAAGGAGGAGACCAAGGUGGCCGUGGACAUGCUACGGCAGUUUUUCUCCGAGGCGCUGGUUCAGCACCUUACCGAGCUUCUAGUCACGUGGUACUUGCGUCUUCGACCCGCUGAUCUGGUCGAGUGGCACGAUAACCCCGAAGAGUGGGCCAAUGAGGAUCUCAACAAUGCAUGGGAGUACCAGUUGAGAGCGUGCAGCGAAAAGCUGUAUGGCGAUUUGGCAAUCAACUUCCGGGAGAUUGUCGUUCCCAUGGUUCUGAAGAACCUGGAGCAGAGUACUUCUUCCUCCGAUGUGUUGGCCAAGGACGCUGCUCUUGCGGCGUUCGCGACCGGCUCGGCUGCUAUCUCUAAAGAGGACUCUGCCGACUUUGACCAGAUUUUCCCCCAGGUUAUCAUCCCUCAGGGCCUGGCCAACGGUUCUUCCGAGUACCGUGUGCUUCGAAGACGUGUGGCGAUUGUUCUGGGCGAAUGGAUCACGAUUCAGUGCUCUCCCGAGAACAGAAUCAAGGCCUACGAGCUCAUGGUACAUCUUUUGAACCCGCAGGAUCCUUUGAACGACGUUGUGGUUCGUAUUACAGCUGCUGCCGCUCUCCGGUUCACUGUGGACGAUUGGGAUUUCGAAAUUGAUGGCUUCUUGCCGUUUGUGGGCGACAUCUUUGUCCGUCUUUUUGCUCUGCUCAAGGAGGUGAAGCAGAUUGACUCCAAGGUUGUACUGCUUCGAACCGUUGCUGUUGUGGCAGAUAGAAUCGGUGCUCGAGUUUCCCCGUACGCUGAUACGGUGCUUGAGAUGCUGCCCGCAUUAUGGGAGGAAGCUGGAGAGCAGCAGUACCUGCGAGUCACCAUUGUCCAAGUGCUGACUUCUCUGGUCCAAUCGCUUGGACGAGACUCCACGAAGACUUACAACAUUGGCAUGCCUGUUAUGAACGUGUCUCUGGACCGAGAGUCUCCCUUCCACGCUUUUUUGUACGACGAUUCGUUACUGUUGUGGGAGGCUCUUGUCAAGAAUGCUCCUGAGCCCAACGACACCAUCUUCCAGCUCUUCCCUGCUGUCACUGACGCUCUGGACCGGUCCACGGAGAACCUGUACUUCAUUCUAAAGAUUCUAGAAGGAUAUGCUCUUCUGUCUCCCGAUUACACGGUUCAGAAGCACGGCCACACCCUGCUGAGCAUCUUUGGCAAGUACAUGGACAUUUUGUCGUUUGAUGUGGUGCAGCAGGUAGCGCAGUGUGUGGAGUACAUGACCUUCUGUUCGAACCCCACGCAGCUCAUCCAGCUGGCUGUUCAGACGGGCUUUUUCAAGGCCAUGAUCAACUAUAUUAUCGAUAAGGACCAGAACUCGUCUCCCACAGCCAUUUCUGACUUGCUACAGGUCCUGGCUCGUAUGAUUAUUGCUGCUCCCAACUUCCUCAUGGAGGCUGUUGCUGAGCCGGAGGUUCGAUCUGCAGUCAUUACAGCCUGGCUGGCCAAGUUCCAGAGCAUGUGCAAGCCCCACGAGCGCAAGCUGGCGACUCUGGGUCUCACAGCGCUCCUUUCGUCUGGAGACCCUGUUGUCAAGCAGCAUAUGAAGGAUAUUGUGGGCUGCUGGGUCGAGCUGACCGAUGAGGUGGCGGAAAAUGAGCAGGGAGACUGUAAUGUCUACUACAGUGUUUCCGAGUGGGUUGAUCCCGAUGAGCCCGUGUCCCCUCACACUCAGCGUCAGCAGGAUAUCAAGAAGAAGGACCCCAUUCACACCUAUCCCACCAAGGCGUACAUUCAGUCGUCCUGCCAGAAGGCCAAGGAGAAUGUGGGGGAUUCUUUCCAGGAGUGGUUCGCCGAGUGCGGAGCUGUCAAUCUCGGCUCCUUUGGACUGUAG